CCGCCCCCAUGGCCAUCAGCAGCCCGCGGCUCAGCGCUGCCCUGGGCAGGCCCGUCAGGCUCACCGUGCGCAGCGGCGCCUUCCAGGGCGUGCUGCAGCACCUCAGCCCCGACCGGAGCCUGCUCCUACGGACAGUGAAGAACUUGGAAACUGGCAGAAGCACCCCAGGAAAGAUGUUCUUUGAACACGAGAUAGUCAGUGUGGAAUUGCUGGAUGAACCGAAUUCAGGGAACGGAACAGCAAUGCUUUCCGAGUGCACUUCAGCUGUUGAGGGGAAUGGGAACAAAGGAGCAGACACAGGACAAGCAGAUUGUAGCCCAUGGAGUUCUCCAGGUGUUUUCCCCGACAGCCAGCCCAGAGCCCUGAAUAGCUUAAAGUACUCCCUCUCAGGUAGGCUGCACCUGAAACAGCAGCGUGUGUUAGUGUAGGGAGAAGGUGUUAUAUGUCGUCAUGGAAAACUCUCAGGCUUCAGGUAAGAAGCAGAUAUAGCAACAAAGAGCCGUAUUUUUCUGUUUGAUAUUUUGCUUCUGGGCCCUCAAGCUUUCAAAAAUGGAUUACAAAUGGUGCUGGAAGAUAAAAACAUCUUGAAGGUCAUACAUGACUGCCGUUGGAUCUCAGACUGCCUUUUUCACCAGUACAGCGUCCUUCUCUGCAAUGUCUUUGAUACACAGGUGGCUGAUGUUCUGCAGUUCUCAAUGGCGACGGGCGGCUACUUUCCGCACCGCGUCUGCACGUUGCAGGAGUGUUUGAUGCAGCACUUGAAGAUACCUUCCAAACGGGAUGCCCUCGUGAAGUGCAGGCAGGAAGUGGCUUCGGAGAAUCCUGAUAUAUGGUUCUUGAGACCCUUUCCACCUUCUCUGCUUCAAGCGCUUGCUCUGAAGGCUAUGUACCUUCUGCUGGUCCACUCAUCUCUAAUGGACAAUUUGAUGUCUGACCUAACAGCUGUGGUGAAUGAUUACUUAAAUGCUUAUCAGACUGGAUCUAGAGGUCACCUUAGGAGCACAAAGCCCACUUGCACGGAGCUGCCAAAGGAGCUGCGUCAGCUGGCAGGCAUCCAGAAGCUGCGAAGGGAGAAAGCAGUGAAAGACUACAGGAUGAAUGAGGAUGGUCUUUUGAUCAGGCCAGCCGUGAAAAUGAAUGAGAGAAGCGAUGCACAGAAGGAUGCAGCCCAUAGAGAUGACGGGGACUGUCUUCCCCCAAAUGAAGCAGUGUCUCAAACAUCCUUCAACAAUCAGGAUCUACUUCGUCAGGAAAAGAAUGAAAAUCAAAAUCAAGUGGCAAGUCUGUGGGAGAACCUCAAACCAGCCUCAAACUGGCUGUAAAAAUCUUUGAUACAGGUGACUUGAUGAGCUCAAAUUGCGGAUCUGACAUCCAAAUGAAUGAAAAGGGGCUGUUCCCCAUGUAGAAGAAGUACCAAAGAAAAACUCCUCUCUUUACAAGGACAGGUAAACAGAUUGUUGAUGGGAAAUAAUGGUCUCUCUAAUGCCAAGGCAAUUCCUGCUGUGAUUUGUCGAGAUCUGUUUUGAGAUCUUUUUUUUUAAUGAGCUGGUUUUGCUCUUGACUUUUUUUAUUAGACAACUGUCUUAAGUUGUAUUGGUUCUUUUGUUAUCAACUGUUGCAGCACAUGUAAAACUCCCACCAAAUAUCUAAAUAGGGGAGCUCCUAAGAUGCCUGUUCAUUGAGAUUAGAAAGGGCUUGCUUGGAAAAAACACAAGAGUUCUGGCCAACUAACGUGGGCUUGGUUUAUUCACAGAUAAGUCUCUUGGCGUAUCUAAACAACAGCCACGCAUAGGAGAGUGCAAAAUAUCCCGCCCUAAUCAACAGCUCUGCUGGCAAAAACGGCAGAGGUGUACUCCUUAAAAGGACUCUUCUGCCAAGUCAGGGAGAUUUUAGGCUAACUGACAAAAGCAGCAGUCUGCUUAUUAUGUUGCACUCUGCCAUUGUUUGUCAGCCCUACUCUGUCGGACUCUUGUAGAUAAGGCUGUAACAGUAAUGUCUGUAUACACACAAGUGUCUGUGGGGGAGCAGUUAAAUUACUUUAAAAGGUGUCUAGCAUUUUCCCCAAGCAAAGUAAGAUAUAAAGGCAAAACUAGUUUAUUCUCAGUGUGCUUGCUUUGGCUGUUACUCACUAAAAGUAAAACUUUUCCAGCUGAUAGCACUCUGCCACAGUGACAAAGGUAAUACAAGCAGUGCCCGAGUCUUGGACCAUUUUUUGGCGUAACCUUAACGGUAUUAUGUAACUAAACUGUAUAGUUCCUUUGUCUCAGUUUACUGUAGAAAAAAUAAACCAGGUUUGAAACAAGUUUCUUACAGCUUUUUAUGUGGAGAUCCAGUCUGUUUCAGUUGGUCUGCUAGGGGAUGCUGGCAGUGGACUGGGCCCCUUCUCAGCACUGGAGUUCGUGCUGUUCAUCUGGAACAAGAUUUUCCCAGGCAGUGAGUGAUGGUGUGGAACACACAGGCUCCUCAGAGCCAGCUCUGAAGUGCUUGCAUUGUAUUUUCACAACUGAAAUCAUCUGGGUCCACCCAGUCCCAUUAGUAGAGGAACAGGGAGAAUGGCAGCGUGUCAGAUAAGGGAGGGACGGUUGGAUGUAAGGGCUUCGAGUCUGGGAGGUAGGAGAGUGGGUUUGGCCUCGGUGCAGGAUACAGACCGAGCUCUACAGGCACCCUUCCAGAGGAGAGAUUGAGCUGUGCUCUUGGACUCUUCCGAGAGGAAACAAAGUUCUGGCUGGAACUAUUACAAAAGAAGAAGGAUUUUUAGUUAAGGGACUUGAUAGUAUGACUACAUCUCUGUUACUGCAUUACUUAAAGAAACCUUCCUGAGUAAACGAGGCUGCAGCUCUCUACUGUUUUAUGUAAUGGCAUAAGGGAAAGAAAGGGUUGGGACUGAUGAGUAUCAAUGAGCGGCAAAUGCAGAUUGAAAAUGACAAGCUUUUUGAAGGAGAAGAAAGAAAGACUUCUGAAAUACUUCUUAAAACGAUCCAUAAAACCUUUCAAUGUUGCUGUGUGGUGGCAUUUGAUAGGGUUCAUUUUCUAAGCAACGUGCGGAAGAGCCGCGCGCUCUGCCUCCUCCCUGUGCCUGCUGGCUGCAGCCAGGGCCGCGUGCAGGUACAGGCAGCUCCAGCCGAGUCUCGGGGGCCGCAGAAACGCUCCGCUUUCCGUGUGCUGCCGUGCCACGGCUCUCCGUCGCGAAGCACGACCCCCGUCUGUGUACAACCAGCGGCCCGCAGCGCCCCACCUCAGUGCUGCCCCAGCUGAGGGUGCUGCCUAACGCCUCGGGGCAGGCGGCCGCGCCUCAGCACCCCCUGCACGGCGUCCUCAGCAAUUCCUUCGGGCCUGAGCCACCCGGGGCCGUGAGGAGCCCGAGGGGGCCGUGAAGGGCUGGGGGGUCCCCGCGGGGCCGCCCCCGGGCCGGCAGCGCCCCGCUCCCACCGCCCUUCCGGCGGCUCAAGGGCGAGCGGGCCGUGCACUUCCGCUGCCCCCCCCCCCGCCUCCCGCAGCCAUCGCGAGAGCUCCCCCGCCUCCCGCGAGACCCGCCGGCUCAGCCGGCCGCUUCGGCCGAGUCCCUUCGGCAAUUUCCGUCA